AAAAUCGCAGAUUCGUCCUAUUUAGAACGCGAAACAUCAGUGAAGGACGCUAUAACGUGUCCAUUCGGAAAGUCGCAAACACGUCCUUAUAAAAUAGCCGAAAACUUGUUCAUAACAAAAGCUACAAAUAAUGCGAUAUUUUCCAUUGGACAAGGCUGCUUCCUUAUGUUAGCCAUAAUAUAUCCGCAGAAUAUCGGAAUACACGAUGCAACUGACGAAGAUCUAGAGGCUUUUUGUCACAUGUGGAAGUGCUACGGAUAUUUUCUCGGAAUAGAAGACGAGUACAAUUUUUGCCGUGGCAGCUUCAAGGAAAUAAAGCAACGCCUAUGUGAUUUAGAUCAACAUUGGAUAAAGAUUAAUUUUACAGACGUCACAUCCGAAUGGAUGUACAUAAUCAGAAAUAUCACCGAAUCUAUAAAUUAUUAUCCUUAUCUGUAUAUGACUCAUAAGAUAAUGACUCUGUUUUUGGCAGAAUCUUUAAAUCUUGAGAUGCCCAACUUGUAUGCAUCACUCAAGUACGGAGAGUGGAUCGCUUAUAACAUUUACAAAUUUUUCUUCAAUCAUGCAGCUAAAUUUUCAAUCAUAAAAAGAAUUGUCAAUUUAUUAUUUUAUAAAAUACUUCAAACGGCGUCAAACUUUGGACCAGAGACAUUAGCGAAGUUGCAAGAAAAGUCAAAGCAAUAUAUGGAUUUUUCUAAUAAAUCAUAAUAUUUUAUGAUAUAUUAUGCGGUGAUUGGUUUAUGUAAUUAU